AUGGGCUACAAACUCCACGAACCCACACAAUCCUUCACUAUCCCCCGCGUGCAACGCGCGAUUGUAUGCCUGCCCAAUGGUCAACUGGGCCACGUCCGCGACGCGCCCGUCCCCCCAUUAGCUCCGGACAUGGUGCUGGUGCGCACGGCUGCGGUGGCGCUGAACCCGACGGACCACAAAAUGGUCGCGAACUUCCCGACCACCGGCGCGAUCUCCGGGUGUGAUUUUGCUGGCACGGUCGUGGCUGUCGGGGAUGCAGCGACCGAGCGAUUCAAGGUUGGGGACCGAGUGUGCGGUGGCGUGCAUGGGGCCAACCCCAUCGACCCCGCGGUGGGCGCCUUUGCCGAGUACGUCGGCGCCACCGCAGACAUUCUGGCCCUCGUGCCUCGGGACCUGUCCCUGACCGAUGCCGCGGCGAUCGGCGGCGCGGGGCCAGCAACGAUGGCGUUGGCGCUCGGAGAUAAGCUGACGCUCUCGAUCGAUGCAGAUGCAGCUCCCAACGGCCCAACGAAAGAGGAGUUUGUGCUGGUCUAUGGGGGCAGUACCGCCACUGGGACGAUGGCCCUGCAGCUUUUACGCCGAGCUGGGUAUCGCCCGAUCGCUACCUGUUCGCCCAAGAAUGCGAGUCUCGUCCGCUCCUACGGUGCGGAGGCCGUCUUCGACUAUCACACUGAGGACUGUGCCGCGCAGAUUCGGAGCUACACCAGGAACACCCUCCGCUAUGUUCUGGACUGCAUCACCGAGCCGAGCACGGUCGACCUCUGCUUGAGGAGUAUCGGGCGCGCGGGGGGCAAGUACUGCGGGCUCGAGGCGUUUUCCGAUGAGUUACGGUCGCGUAAAGCUGUCUCUAUGGACUGGGUCCUGGCGCUGAGCAUCUUCGGCAGGGAGAUCGCCCUCGACAAGGGCUACGGCCGGGAGGCCAAUCCCAACCAUCGGGCUCUGGGUCGGAAGAUGUUCGAGAACGUCGAGCGGAUGCUGCGGCACCACGAGUUGAGACCCCAUCCGGUCCGGGUCAUGGACGAAGCCUGGGAGGAUAUUCCUCAGGGCCUGGCUUUGCUACAAGCGAAGAAGGUUUCCGGCGAGAAGUUGGUGUAUAUUGUUGAUCCGAGUCAGACAGGUAUAUAG